GCUAUCCACGUAAUAAGACCGAUCCGGGUAGACUUAGGAUUUCAUUGGUUGAGAGAAAAGUGGCCUGACUGCAAUUUGUCGCUUCUUACCACCAUACUAUCCGUCCGUAGUGCGGAGAAUGAGAAGUUCGCCGUACUGGUAACAACAAUUCGCGAAUUUGCUGGGUGCGUGUCUGGUUUUCUUUUCUAGUGAGUCGUGGUGUAGUGAGUAAUAGUGACGACGAGGGUGGUGGUUUUAUACGGCAAAAGUCAUCGAGCAAAGCAUAGGUAGGUUUUAGAAGGAAGACUGGUUUGGAUGAAACCGACUGGUGUGUGUGUUUUAGUCGUAGUAGGCAGAAAUCGAUACGAGAGGGUUUUAUACUGACCCUCUGCCCGGGUUGCGUUAUUAGAGACAGGAAGUUUGUCCAGGAAAGAUUAGUUUCUGAGUGAGCUGCUGAAAGAAACGCAGAUUAGAUAGUCUCUAAAUUGAAAUUGUGUCAAAAAGUUAACGCAUUCCCACCCUACAUUAACAAUUGUUGUUUUGUUCCACAGUUGAAAGCUUGACAUGGCGAAAAGAGUCGAGAAUGGUGGGAGUGGCGGAGUUUUAAAAAGUAAUGGGAGUAGAAAUAAUAAUAAUUCUGCGGUUUCUGCUGCUGGUGGUGGACGAAGUGGCAGUAAUAGUGGUAGUUUAGUUGAUUUGGUGAGACAUUAUCUUUUUCUCUUUGAUGGGGAUGAAGCCGAGUUGGGAACUCCGGUAAGGUUACUCUUGCCCGAUAAGAAGUUAGGAUUUGGGGGGACUUUGGUCGUAGCAUUGUUGAAAGCCAUCAGUUUGGCAUACGAUGUCGUCACCUGGUUCGGAUACUACUGGUUCCAAAAGAAAAGUCCGAGGGAAAAGGUUCUGCUACACACGGAGAUCAAGGCCGAAGUCGUAUCUCGUGGCGAAGGGAGUUGUACAUGGCGUUCGGAUCGAGAAGUGAGAGAUAUUCAUGUAGAGCUGGAAAAGGGCAAGAUUGAUACGAUGCACAAAGUAUAUACACAUGCCAUACGAAAAAACGGACUGAAACGAUGUCUUGGUACAAGGGAACUGUUUAAAGAAGAGGAUGAAAUACAAGAAAAUGGAAAAGUCUUUAAAAAGUAUGAAAUGGGCGAAUAUCACUGGAAAAGUUAUGCUGAGGUGGAUCGUCUCUCUGCAUGCUUUGCUGCCGGACUCACGACACUAAACCUUCAACGAAAAGAAAAGAUUUGCAUCUUUGCCGAAACGAGAGCCGAAUGGUUGAUUGCUGCCGUGGGAGCGUUUAAGCAUACUUUUACAAUCGUCACCUUGUACGCCACUCUUGGCGAAGAUGCCGUGGUACACGGGCUCAACGAGACAGAGUCCACUGUGGUUCUUACGUCGGAUGAACUAAUGCCCAAGUUCAAGUCAAUUUUAAAACAGACUCCUCACGUGAAACACCUCAUUUACAUGGAGCAUCCACUUAAAAAAUUGGACACUUCAGGAUAUUUGGAUAGUGUGAGCAUACACUCAUUCUGCGAUGUGAUUGAGCGUGGGAGUAAACUGAGUAUUCGGCUUGAAGCACCUGAACCGGAUGACGUGGCUAUAAUUAUGUAUACGAGUGGCUCGACCGGCGUACCGAAGGGGGUGUUGCAAUCGCAUAAGAAUGUAGCGACUGCUAUGCUCGGACUAACUGAUGGACUUGGCCCCGUGUAUUCGGAUGAUAUAUACGUGGCAUAUCUUCCUCUUGCACACGUUCUAGAAUUGACCUGUGAAAGUAUAUGCUUUCUGCAAGGAAUUCCUAUUGGAUACUCGUCCCCAUUGACGCUUACCAAUAACUCGUCAAAGAUCAAGGCUGGCUCAAAGGGAGAUGCUGUUGUGCUCGAACCAACUAUUAUGGUGGCCGUUCCUUUCGCUUUGGACAGAAUAUAUAAAAUGGUCCAAGAACAAGUAAAUCAAGGUGGAUUUAUAAAGCAAGCCCUCUUCUACUUUGCCUACGACUACAAAUUGUGGUGGUAUUAUAAAGGAUACAAUACUCCACUCGUGGAUGCAAUUGUCAUGAAAAAACCGAAAAUGGCAGUUGGCGGAAAAGUUAGGAUUAUGAUCUCGGGAGGAGCUCCACUUGCCACAGACACUCACGAGUUCAUUCGAAACUGUUUAUGUCUUCCCGUAGUUCAAGGAUAUGGUCUCACAGAAACGUGUGCAACGGCAACUUGUUCUACACCUGGUGACAUGAGCGUGGGUCGGGUUGGUCCUCCUCUACGUUGUAAUGACCUUCGCUUAGUCGAUUGGGACGAAGGAAAUUACACUGUUAAUGAUGUACCCCUUCCUCGAGGCGAACUUGUUAUCGGAGGAGACAAUGUGGCAAUGGGAUAUUUUAAACUACCAGAAGCUACAGCUCAAGACUUUUUCGUUGCCGAUGGCCGAAGAUGGUUCCGAACUGGAGACAUUGCUGUAGCUGAUCCUGAUGGCUGUUUUAGAAUUAUUGACCGCAAGAAAGACUUGGUCAAACUUCAAAUGGGGGAGUACCUAAGCAUGGGAAAAAUAGAAUCUAUCCUUAAAACUUGCAAAUACAUUGAAAACGUUUGCAUUUAUGGUGAUGCAUUUAAGAACGUCUGCGUGGCCUUGGUCGUUCCUGCCCAGAAACACUUGGAGUUGCUCUCAAGCAGUAUCGGAAAACCAAAUCUGAGCCUGGAAGAAAUGUGUUCAGAUCCUCAAGUGGAAGCUGCUUUCCUUAAAGAAAUUCAGAGCUUUUCCACAGCAGCCAAACUCCAUCGAUUCGAAAUUCCAGCCGCUCUCAAGCUUUGCUCUGAACUCUGGACCCCAGACAACAACUUGGUAACGGCCGCCUUCAAACUGAGACGACGCAACGUACAGGAAUGGUAUCAGGGCGAUCUUGAUAGAAUGUAUGCAAAGUUAAGCAGUAGUUGAUAUUCUCGACUGUAACUAAUAUGUAUGUACAUUUGAACAUCUACUACUUGAUGCGUUAUAUUCUAAUUAUUGAACCUCAUCAAUCAAUAUUAUUAAUCAAUAUUAUUAUUGCUAUAAUACACAUAAUAACACGAGUACUAGUACUAUCAAUUAUUAUACAUACAAUUAUGUAUUACUAGCUACUAUUUUCCGAUAUAAUACUAUUCCCAUUUUUGUUUUUGUAUCAGUACAAUUUUAUAAUUUCCUUAAAUCCCUGUGAUUCUAAUAACUUAUCGAUCAAUAGUUUUAAUGAGAAAUGUUAUGCUGAUGAUUGUGUUGUAUGUUGGAUAAACUGGAUAUUCGCAAGAAUGUAUAUGCAGUAAUAAACAAGGUAUAUCUUUAGAGUCAAAAUACAUCUACAAAAC